UAUGUGCAUUUUAUAUUAAUGACAAUUCUGUCUCUUCUUCUGUUUGUUAUUUUUUUGCAGGCAAAAAUGAUUGAAAGCGGACAUCCUUGGAUGGCUGGUGCAACAACGUCUUCGGUAACUGAUAGCUAUCAAUAUCAAUUGCAAUCCAUGUGGCAAAAAUGUUGGAAUACUAAUCAGCAAAACCUCGUCCAACAACUGAGAUUUCGUGAGCGCGGACCAUUAAAAUCUUGGCGACCCGAAGCUAUGGCCGAGGCAAUAUUCAGUGUCCUUAAGGAAGGUCUGUCGCUGUCACAGGCUGCCCGGAAAUACGAUAUACCAUAUCCAACAUUUGUCCUCUAUGCUAAUCGUGUGCAUAAUAUGUUGGGCCCAUCGUUGGAUGGUGGCACCGAUCCCCGACCAAAGGCACGAGGACGUCCCCAGCGUAUACUGUUGGGUAUGUGGCCCGAAGAUUUAAUACGUUCCGUUAUCAAGGCGGUGGUAUUUCGUGAUUACCGGGAAAUCAAAGAGGAAAUGGGUGGCUUGCCGUUUGCCAAUGGACAAGCUCAUGCGGUAGGUAGACGAGAGAUAUUUGGUGCUGCCUCGGCCGCCAAUGGUUAUCACAAUGCCGCCAAGCUGGCAGCCCAGUCGGCCAUGGGUGGCCAUCAGGACUCUCCCAGCCCCUUGUCAUCGAUGACUGAAAAUUUACGACGCCAAAUAUUGUCACAACAACAACAAUCACCCCUAAAUCCAGCAAUGAAUAUCUAUAAAGCUCCAGCCUAUGUACAACGUUCGGAAAUUGAAGAUCCCAUGGCUAUGACGGGUAAACAACACACCUCUUCUUCCUCCUCCGCGGGAGGUGGUGGUGGCGGCGCUGUCAACGAACGUCGUGGUUCCGAGAAUUUACCCGAUUUAAGUGCUUUGGGUUUGAUGGGUUUGCCGGGUCUAAAUGUUAUACCCACAACGGCAGGACCGGGUGGCUCAAAUCCGCGCAAUAAUCACAUGCAUUCCAAUGUGGCGAGGGAGCGUGAACGAGAGAGGGAACGUGAACGUGAGCGAGAGCGCGAACGAGAGUUAAAAGAGGCCAUGCAGGCUCGCCAGUAUUGCAAUCAAUCACGUGGCUCAGCCUCGGGUGGUUCCUCGGCGGGUGAUAUGCAAAAAACCAGUGGUGCCGGCACCACCUCACCCUAUCCCCAUCACAUGAAAAACAAGGACCAGCUGGCUGCCAACUACGCGUACAACAAACGUUUCCUGGAAAAUUUACCACCCGGCAUAGACUUCGAGGCCAUUGCCAAUGGUCUGCUGCAAAAAUCCUCUGCAGCAGCGGCGGCUGCUGCUGCCUCAGCUGCCGUGGCCACAGCCAAUAAAAGUCCACGCUUUGAAGAUUUCUUCCCCGGACCCGAUAUGAGUGAGCUGAUAGCCAAUGCUGAGGCUGCGGCGGCCAGUGCCCCCUUUCCCGCCCAACGUGAGUACAAUUUAAUGAAAAUCAAAUUGGAACAGCAGCCCACCGAGGUGCAGCAUGAGGAUUGAGAGA